CCCUCUCCCUCUCUCGCACCCCCUUCUCAAAAGCCUGGAAUCCCACUGCACAAAAAUGAGACGAGCCUUCUCUGUCUCCAUCUUUCACACCCCUCAUCCCUUCUCCAUCUAAAACACUCUUCAGGCAAGGGGAGAGACAUCAUCUUGAUUUUGUUGUUCAGAGUGAUAUUGAUAUCAAGUCUGCACUCAACUGUGUCAUGGCUACAUCAAGACCAAUGGAUGCUCGCCUAAAAGAGAAGAGCAGCUCAGCUUCUUCAGCCCCUCAUCACACAGACACCCUCCAUGGCCGACGAACCACAAGAUCAUUGGUCCUCGGUUCCUCCGAUCGAGAUCCCGUCCGCAAGCCAAUAGGGAGCUCGAGCACCACCGCCAUUUCCAGAGGCAGGAGCCCGACCCCAUCCAGUGCUGCAGCCGGAAAACGUGUACCAGUGAAGAGCCCCAUUGAGAAGCCUCCAUCGCCGUCGGGCACUUCUCGAAAAGUACCCACAACAAACACCCUCAAAGAGAGGACAGGAAAGACUUCAUCCUCCUUGCCGAGAGCUGCCAUCUCUUCGAAACCAGCAUCAGAUAAAGCAUCAAAGCCUCUUAAGAGUGCAAAAGGUCAACAAUUGGUAAGGGCCAAGAGUUUAGGAGCCACUACAAAAAAACCUACUGGUACUACUAUUCCCGACACAACAGAACCGCCGCCGGCGACAAAGUCCGACCAAGAAGAGGAGACACCAAUCCAAGUUGAAGAGAGUGAACCUGUCGACGUCCCAGCAAUAAAAGAUGAUGUGGCUGAUGAGCUCGUCAGGACCGACUCCUUCGCACCAAAUAUUCCAGAAGAUACCACUGGCUCUACCUCUCAAACAGAUCAACAGGAGCCGGGUUUACCAGAAAAGGAGCCUGAGAUUGCUACAAAUGACGAAGGAGUCGGCGGUGAUGGAAACGGAGCAGAUGGAGAUGAAGAGAAACCCAAAGAACCAGAAGAAGAGCCAGUAAUAGAAAGUUCCGAGGAGCCCCAGAGUGAGCCAGCGAUUGUCAGUGGAAAGCCGGAGGAAGCUGAGACAGAGAAGGCAACAGCGAUGGAGUCCAGAGAGACGAAGAGGCCCGAGGUGGUGGCUUUCAAGAGGCCGGAGGCGGCGGCGACGGGGAGGAAGUUUAUAAAGGAUGGCCCGAGGAACAAUGAUGUGAUAGAGGAGACGAGGACCAAGCUGAUGGGGAAGAGGAAGAGCAAAGUGCUGGCUUUGGUGGGGGCCUUCGAGACCGUGAUCUCACUUCAGGAGCCCGAGGGUCAAACUGGUGAAACCGGUCAAAGCCAGGGGAAGAGCGGGGAAGAAGGCGCCGAGGGGGAGAGCAACGCGACAAAAGAGUCAACCGAGUCAACGCAGAGUUGAUGUUGGAUUCUUUGACUCGGUUGUUGGAUCUGUAAUGAAAUCAUGAUGAUGAUGGAGUACUUGAUUAAUUCUCAGUUGAAUCUUGAGAAUUUCUUUUUCAUUUUAUGUUUUUGUUUUUUAUUUCCCUGAUGUUGGGAAGGGAGAAGGUUUGAUUUUGUUGCAUACCCUAUGAUACCUUAUUGGUAUACAUAUGCACUGAUAUCUGAUGCUUGUAAGAGUUAUUCUCUGUUCAGCAUUUUAUUUGUUGAUGCACUGAUCUCCAAGUGGAGUCAAAAGUUCUGCUGAAAACUGAUUUGGAUAUCUAUUAUAGUAAUUGAAGAU